AUGUCCUCCGCGGGCAGCACAGCUCGGCGGGCGGGCUCGGGAAGCUGGCACUCAGAAAGGGGAGAAGGAAGAGGGGCUAAGCCGCAGCCAGCUCCACUUGGCUCCGUGCAGCGGGAGAACAAAGUCUCCUUGAAGGCCACCUGGACUGACGAAGAGUCCAAGCAGCCCAGCCCGCCCCUGCCGGGCCUCGCCGACCGCCUUCGAGCACAGGCUACUGCCCUCGCCACGCGCCCCCCCGCCCCCGCCCUGCCUCGCUCACCACCCUGCGCUGACCCCAGUCCCAGCAAGGAGUCCGACCAGACAGCGAUCCACCAGACUGCAAUCCACCAGACGGCGAUCCGGAGCUACUAUCAGCUGAUCGCGGCCACUGUGGGCAACGUGGAAUGGCUGCGGUUCUGUCUGAACCAGAGCCUCGGGGAAAUCCCCACCAACAACAAGGGCUUUACUGCCAUCCACUUCGCAGCCCAACGGGGCAAGCUUGCAUGCCUGCAGGUCCUGGUAGAGGAGUUCAAGUUUCCCGUGGACCUGCUGACCAAUGAUAGCCAGACCCCCCUGCACCUCGUCAUCCACAGGGACAACACUAGUGUGGCCCUCCCCUGCAUCUACUACCUGCUGGAGAAAGGGGCAGCCCUCAAUGUUCAGACCUGCAACGGCUCCACGCCCCUGCACCUGGCAGCCCGUGAGGGCCUGCUAGACUGUGUGAAGGUCCUGGUGCAGAGUGGUGCCAACGUCCAUGCCCAAGAUGCUAUGGGCUACAAACCCAUUGACUUCUGCAAAAUAUGGAACCAUCGUGCCUGUGCCCGGUUCUUGAAGGAUGCCAUGUGGAAAAAGGACAAGAAGGAUUUUGCCCGUGAGAUGGGGAAAAUGAAGACAUUCAAGAGCCAGCUGGCUCUCAUGGAGCACAACUACCUGAUUGAGUAUCAAAAAGAGCACAAAAUGCUCAAAGAAGCUGCUAUCAGAAAGUGGCUCCACAGCAAGCUGCACCCAGGCCACUCUCUGGUCUCUAACACCAAGCAAGCCAGGGUCACCGCUCUCUCCAAGACCCCCGAGCAACGGAGAUCACAGUGUUCCAGGAGCUUCCAGCCCUCUGUGGAGAUGCGCCUGCAAUGCAUGCCGCAGCCCACAGAGAUGCCCAAGCCCAUCUAUAGGAACCCCACCCACCCCUCUGUGGAGGAGCGCCUGCAACGCAUGCCACAGCCCACAGAGAUGCCCAAGCCCAUCUAUAGGAACCCCACGGUCAAGCGGCCGAUGAUGUGGAAUGUUAGCAACAACCCUGCCAGAUCCCCCAUCACCCAGAUCAGCCAUCCGCAGGGCAUCCGCCUGGGCGUGCAUCCAGACCCCAGCCCGGAGCACGACUUCAGCAGCUUCCUGGAGGUGACACCUGACGGGCACGGAGGUGCGCAGCUGCACACAGUGGAUGGCCACUGGGUGGCACCAGUGCCACGGCUGCCUUUCGAAGUGAUACUCCGCACGCUAUAUCCACGUGUGUGGCCUUACAGAAUGAAGGUGCCCCAGGGUUUUUACCCCAUCAGCAUGAGGGAAGUGCCCCGGAAGAGGCACCUGGGUAAUGACACCUUCUGGACCGACACUCUGACCAUGAACCUGCGUGACACAUUUGAUGAAGCCUUCCUGGCAGCUGUGCGAUCUCAUCAAGGGCUCCCCGCCCUGCCCUGCCCGCAAACCCACCCAUAAAGUUAUUAUGGCUACCUCUCCAACUGAGGCAGUCCAGUGAAGGCUGAGGUGUGGCGAUUCAUGUUGUGGAAGGGGAGGAAAGGGGGAGAGAUGCCUAUAGGCUUCCCACUCCCAAGCUGAAGGAGUCUCCCUUUCCAAUCAAAAGCCCAGACCCCAGGCCUCCCUUCUCUCUGCAAGUAAGUCUCUUGCUCCCCCAA